AUGACCACCACUGCACGCCCAUAUUACCGCCACGGCUCUCCCCUAUCAGUAUUCAACCCAGCACAAGGCUUUGCAGCCGACGCGCCCAUGAUGCAGCGCAUCGACGUUGGCGACUCGUCCGACGAUGAGAUCCCGCCGCCCAUGAAGUUCAGCGCUCUCACGAGGGCACUGCUCGAGUCUGAGGAGGGCUUUGAACACACUUCUCCCAAAGAGAACGGCGCGCGCGAUUACGAGACGCCUAGCAGAGCUCCGCAAUUGAAGAUUGUGCGCAAGUCUUCACCCACACACAGCCACACUGCCACUUCGCCGCGCAUUGUCUCAGUCAGCAAGAGAAACCCCUCCUCAGCACGUCACACCGAGAGAUACGUCUCGAGCAGAGAAACCACUCCCGCCCUCGAAUUCGUCACUCCUGCGCCCGCUUCCCGUUCGACCCGCUCGUCUGCAAGCAGAUCCACCAGCAACCCAUCACCCGCCCUCGAUCCUGUCGAUCACGACGCGUCGCAGAACUUUGGAGCCUCGCAGUACGAUGCUUCAACAAGACACAUGCCAUCGUCAGCCCUCAACAAGACCCGUCACGCGUCAGCAGAGUCAUCAGCACAUCCAGGUUCUGUACGCGUCAAGAGAGCCCCGGGUGCUUUCCUGCGAGGUGCUCCAGUAAGAAGAGGUUUCCGCAGGCGUGAGAGUGAUGACAAUGUCAGCCCACAUGAUGGAAGUGCUCCGCUCUCAGAAUCUCAAUCACAGCCAGACCAUGACGAGGACCUCGCAUACUCGGCGGGACGCACAAGCAGAGCAGACAGCGCCAAUCCCGAAUCCGCUGCUGUAUCAAGACACGAUUUUGCACGUUCACGAAACCACAGCCGCGAUGUCUCUGCUCCAUUGAAACGCGAUACGAGCUCCGAUCCCCACAGAGUAGUGUCCCGCGCUUCCACACGAGUCCCUAGUAUGGAACGACCACCCAGGAGGCCAAGCGUUGAGCCUCAUAAACGGGAGAGAAGCGGUUCUCGCGCAAACUCGAACCAUGGGGAGAGCAUCGCGCAAAGAAGACCAAGUAACGAUCAUAUGGCUACCCGCCCAGCGAUGGACCAACGACAAGCACGCCCAACCUCGAGCGCACAACAUGACGCAGCUGAGGACCAAGAGAACAUUCCUCCCCCAACCUUCAAACGUGAUAGACACCAUGACUUCAAGUAUCUUGGAAAGCCAGAGAAAAUUGCUUUGCACUCCAAGUCUCAACCUGUCGAGGAGACGCCAAUGUCCGGAGUCUCGCAUCAAUCGCCUCGUAGGGCACUCACAGCAAUCAGCAACAACACUCCGGUCAGACCUGCUCCUCCACCGCCACCAAAGAUGAGUGUCUUGGAUGCUGCAACAAAAACUGCCGGCGCGAGCACCACCAAAAGCAAGAAAAGACGCCAACACAUCCUCAUCAAUGGAAAGCUUUUUACUCAGAUGAACAAGGUCGGAAAAGGUGGCAGCAGUGAUGUCUACUGUGUCAUGGCCGAAAAUUACAAACUCUUUGCCUUGAAANAGGUCAAGCUGGAAGAUUGUGAUGAAUCAGCCAUGCGCGGCUUCAAAGGCGAGAUUGAUCUUCUUGAGAAGCUCGCAGAUGUCGACCGUGUCAUUCGACUUUUUGACUGGGAGUUGGAUAACGAGAAGCAAAUUCUCAGCGUCCUGAUGGAGAAGGGCGACCAGGAUCUGAACCGCAUCUUGACAAUUGCGCUCAAUGGUUCAGAUCCAAAGUUUGACCCAGUUCUGACUCGCUUUUACUGGAAAGAAAUGCUUGAAUGCGUUCAAGCUGUUCACGACUACGAUAUUGUUCAUUCGGAUCUUAAACCCGCCAACUUCUUAUCAGUACAGGGCAAGCUCAAGCUCAUUGACUUUGGUAUUGCAAACGCUAUCGAUAUUGCUCACACAGUCAACGUUCACCGCGACUCUCACAUUGGAACACCCAACUAUAUGUCACCGGAGAGUAUUCUGGAUACAAAUGCACCCACACCUGGCAGCGAACGCACCUCAAAUAAUGGCAGUCGACUAAUGAAAAUCGGCAAACCUUCAGAUGUUUGGUCGCUUGGUUGCAUUCUAUAUCAAAUGGUUUAUGGUCGCCCACCCUUCGCCCACAUCGCCAACCAGAUCAGUCGUAUUAUGGCUAUCACGAACUCGAAAGUUGUUAUCGAGUUCCCGGACAAGGGCGUUGGUGGUGUUACUGUACCUUCUGCGCUGAAGGGCACUCUUCGCCGAUGCUUGCAGCGUGAUUUGCAUGCUCGUCCAACCGUCAAGCAACUUCUCAGCCAUUCGGACCCUUGGUUAUACCCUGACGUCGGUAAUGCCGUCGCCAUGAGCGAGGAUCUGCUUGCACAAAUCAUCGACAAGGUUGUUGAAAGAUGCAAGGACCCAAAGCGCGGUAUACCCUCGCCUGACGAGGUCAAGCAAUACCCCGCUAGCUUCAUGUCCAAGAUCCGGGAGAUGGUCGAGCGCGACGGCGUCGUUGGGUGA